AUGGCGUCGACAGGUGACGGCAUCGUACCAGCUGCUGCUCAAGCAGCGCUGGACGAGUACCGCAAGAAAGAUGCGGCAAAGAUCGUAGUCCGCUUCAAAGCGAUCGGCAACGCUCCGAUCAUGAAGAACAACUACUUUCGCAUCACCGCUUUCAAUCGUUUUCAUGCUGUCAUUGUAUUUUUGAGAAAGGAGUUGGGUUACUCUGGUAAAGAGCCGCUAUUCCUCUACAUCAACGCCUCCUUUGCUCCCGCAGCCGACGACAGCGUGGGCAAUCUGUAUAGGUGCUUCGGCACAGAAGGACAUCUGAUCGUCAACUACUCCACACAGGCUGCUUGGGGUUGA